AUGGGAAAGUCGGCCAAAAGUCCGGCUUCGCCUCUGUCGUCCCUCAAUUUUCUUUCUACACAAAUUCAAUCGCGCCACGAAGUCCAGGAGCACAAAGAUCAGAGAAUAGCGAAACUACAGGAAUUCCGUAAUAGCAAUUCGAAGACUAGCAAAAAACCCAUCUCAAAGGCAGGCAGAGGUCGGGUCUCAAAAGCAGGGUCCAAAAAGAAACCUCCAAAGAAGACAAAAAAAACUGCGCCGAAGAAAAUAACUCUGCUCAGUGCGUUUGUGAGAGAUCUGUUUGCAGCCAAGAAACCCAUCGACUCACAAAGCAUUCUCAGCUACUUCAAGGGUGAAAAAGAGCGCGCAGAUGAAUUCAUAUCGCUUCUUGAAACUGUGACAGCGUCGCCGGCUUCCCGGGCGGGAAUUGCGAAUGAACUGUCGCUUUUCACUGGCCAGGAAUGGCAGACCAUUUUAGAUACUCUACGAUUGAAGUUUCCUAAUUUGUCGGGGCCAAAGAAGAAAAGUCUUGUUUUGAUUUCUAAGCGAAUUAAAGCCAUAAAAGAAGCUGAAGCAGUAGAGGCUCAACAGAUCUCGCAGGAGGAAAAUUCACAGAGUCUUUGGUCGCAGGCCUCGAAUCAGCCCAAUAGUGAUCUCACGACCGAAGACAUGAAAUGGCUCUAUGACCUAGACGACGAGCAGCUACUUAGCAAUACAAGUGUGGAAAUACCCGAGGAGACUGCAGAUCAGCCCUUUUGCUUUACCCUUUCUCAGGUGCUAAAUAGUACGCCACAAUGUAGUGACAACGAAACGACCAUCGAUAAUUCUGAGCCAGAAAUAGAGCCUUUCAGCGAGCGAGAGUUGGCCAUUCUACAAGACAGGGUUGCUGUUUUACCCCAUGCCGCUAAAAAGGAGCCAACACAAAUCUAUUCUUCUCCAUUGAAACAUACUCCUUUGAAUACUAUACAAACUUCUGGUGUGCCGCAUCCGCAAGCUAUGGCGAGUAACAUACCUUCACGCCAGAAACCCAUCUGGGCUGACUCGAUCGACAUUGUCACUAGCAUCGCAUUUGCCCCUACCGAGGAAAACCUCAAAACUAUCGCUGAGUCUAUCGAAUCCCGUCCAAGAUCGCUGUCUAUCAUUGAAAUAGAUAGCCCCACCAGUAGAAAACUCGAAUCGUCACCCAUCAAACCCACAAUGGAAGAUGCUCAGGCCCAUGCAAUUUCUCAUGGCUCAGCCACAAACUGGCCGAGCGAAAGUGAAAUUGUGUCUUCACCCACUCGGGCUCCAGAAGUAUUGAUGUCGCUUGAAAAUGCAGCAAAGAUCACAUGGACAUCCGAACAAAUCCAAUUCAGAGGCUUUUUACAUCUCCGACAAAGCACAGAUCCAUGUGUUGAGCUACGAGUGCUUCCACAGGAACCAACUCAGUACAACAGCAUAUCAGACUCUGAAGAUGAAAGUGAAGACAAAGAGGUCCACACAAUAGAAGUCAGCACACUCCGCAAACCCAUCUCUGUCCUACAGGUCCCGUCCAGUCCAUAA